GUGAUGUGUUGUGGCAACAUGGCCUUGUCGGAUAGCCAUUGUGACAGUUUAUAGAGUAUUUCUACACUCUCUCCCACUCAACUCCCUUUUCCCAAAGGAUAUAAAAGGACUCCAGACCUCCUUAAGUCUCUGUUGGAAACUUUUCAAGCUUUAAAGAGGCAGUGAAGAAAGUAGCGCUUGUCUACAGAGCAGAUAUCAAAAUGGAUCCGCUGUACGCCGACAGACUUUACUCUUCUAUGCAUAAGUCUCCAAUCUCAACUCCCAUUCACACUACAGCUUCUCCUUCUCCAUCACGUUUACUCUCUUCUCCAUACCCCAUCACUCCUCAGCCAAAAGCAGCUCAUUAUUACGAUCGGUUCAUCCCCAGCAGAACUUCAUCAAGUUUGGCAAAGAAAUGUCUCUUUGGAGUAACAAAGCCAAAGACACAGAACACUCCAAAGGCAAAAGAUAACAAUGAUUUAUUAAAGCCUGAAGCUUUAGCAUAUGAAGCUGCACUAAGGAAUGAGCUCCUUGGGACCAACAUCACAGAAAUACCUGAUGCUCACGGUUCUAAAGGUGAUCCCUUAGCUAGUCCUCUAUCAGAGAAUCUCUUCAAAUACUGUACUCCUCCUAAUAAAAGAUUUGACGUCUCUAGUCCUUACUCUGUCUCACCUAUAUCAUCAGCAACUGCUAAGAUGCUAGUCUCCCCGAGGAGAGCCUCUCGUAAGAUCCCUAAGGCUCCCUUCAAAGUCCUUGAUGCCCCGGACCUUCAGGACGACUACUACCUCAACCUGUUAGACUGGUCUUCAUUAAACGUACUCUCAGUCGGACUAGGGUCGACCGUCUACCUAUGGAAUGCAUCAACUUGUCAGGUAUCGAAACUCUGUGAUCUUGAUGACGAUCGAAAUACCGUCACGUCGGUCUCUUGGUCUGAGAAAGGACACCAUUUGGCCAUAGGGACUCAUAAAGGUUACGUACAGAUAUGGGACGCUGCUAAUAUGAAACAGACCCACACACUUAGUGGACACUCUGGAAGAGUUGGUUCUCUAUCAUGGUGUGGUGAUGUAUUGUGCAGUGGUAGUCGUGACAACAUGAUAUUACAGUGGGACCCUCGUCUACCUGCCUUCCCCACCAGGAGACUGUUAGGCCACGCCCAGGAGGUCUGUGGACUUCGCUGGUCCCCUAAUCACCAGCACCUGGCAUCAGGAGGAAACGAUAAUAAAUUAUUCAUAUGGGAUGAUUCAUCGACCACGCCCAUUCAUUGCCUAUCGGAUCAUAAAGCAGCCGUAAAGGCUCUUGCAUGGUCACCACAUCAACAUGGACUAUUAGCCUCAGGCGGAGGUACAGCUGACAGGACCAUCAGGUUCUGGAAUGUACUAACCGGCCAGUGUCUCCAGAGUGUUGAUACUGGGUCUCAGGUAUGUAAUCUCUCCUGGUCUCACUCUUCCUCCGAGUUUGUGAGUACUCACGGCUACUCUCAAAAUCAGAUCAUAAUCUGGCGGUAUCCCUCGCUGGUUCAAAUAGCUAAACUAACUGGUCACACUACAAGGGUCUUGUAUCUGGCAAUGUCUCCUGAUGGUCAGACUAUAGUCACUGGAGCUGGGGACGAGACACUGAGGUUCUGGAACGCAUUUACUAAAUCAAAAUCAUUAAAAAAACCAAAUACUCCAUUGGAAAUGGCAUCAUACAUCCGCUAAAAUUCAAAAUGCCAUCCUCUCUCUCUCUCCUCCUCCUCCUUUCUCUCUCAUUCUUAGAAACCAGAUACUCCAUUGGAAUUGGCAUCAUACAUCCGUUAAACUUCAAAACGUCAUCCUCGUCCUCUCUCCUCCUCCUCCUCUCUCUCUCUCUCUCUCUCUCAUGGUAGCAGCUGUUUUUAGAGUGUCGUAGAGUUGUAGUAGACCAUUUGAUUAAUGGAAGUAGUGACAGAAGGCUCGGCCCUUUAGACAAUUUUCUUAUUCUUUUUCAAACCUCAUUAAUUCAUUCACUUCUCUUUCUUUACAACUUUUAAUUUUUAGCUCGUUUGUCUAGCAAUUAUUAUUAUUAUUUGUUUGUGUACAGAAUUGUUUUUAUUAUUGAUUGUGAUAUCGUGGUUAAUUAUUAUUAUUAUUAUUAUUAUUAUUAUUAUUAUGUAAAUAGAAUUGUGUGGAAAUUUAAAUUUGAAUUUGAAUUUC